AUGGGUCAAGAUGGUUUCACUGCUCAAAAGAGAGGCGCUUCCACACUACCCACUUCCACCGCCCCCAACGGCGGCUCCCGGAGCAGCCGAUCUCUCCUCCGCGGCGGCGGCAACCGUCAGAUCCAUAAAACGCUUAACAACAUCAAGAUCACAAUUCUCUGUGGUUUAGUUACAAUUCUUGUUCUUCGUGGUACAAUUGGUUUCGGGUCGCUCUCUUCUGACAAUGAUGUAGAGAACCAAGCAAUUAUCGAAGAAACUAAUCGGAUCCUGGCUGAGAUCCGAUCCGACAAGGAUCCCGAUGACCCAGAAGAGAAUCUAGAUCAAACUACAAUCAAUCUCAAUGACACUUACUCUCUUGGUGCAAAGAUCUCGAAUUGGGACGAAGAACGAAGUCUGUGGCUCAGUCGAAAUCAAGAUUUCCCUAAUAUCGUUAAUGGUAAAGCUCGAAUCUUGCUUGUUACUGGGUCCCCACCAAGCCCUUGUGAUAACGCCAUUGGUGAUCAUUACUUGCUGAAAUCGAUUAAGAACAAGAUUGAUUACUGUAGGAUUCACGGGAUCGAAAUUGUGUAUAACAUGGCUCAUUUGGAUAAAGAGCUUGCUGGGUAUUGGGCGAAACUGCCAUUGAUUCGCAGGUUGAUGCUUUCUCAUCCAGAAGUCGAGUGGAUUUGGUGGAUGGACAGUGACGCAUUGUUCACAGAUAUGGUAUUUGAAAUUCCAUUAUCCAAAUACAAAGAUCAUAACAUGGUCAUCCAUGGCUACCCAGAUUUGUUAUUCAAUCAGAAAUCAUGGAUCGCACUCAACACUGGUAGCUUUUUGUUUAGAAAUUGUCAAUGGUCUUUGGAUUUACUCGAUGAAUGGGCACCAAUGGGGCCAAAAGGGCCUGUUCGUGAAGAAGCAGGGAAGAUAUUGACAGCCAAUUUGAAAGGGCGACCUGCAUUUGAAGCUGAUGAUCAAUCGGCAUUGAUAUACUUGUUGAUUACAAAAACAGAGUGGAUGAAGAAAGUUUUUGUUGAAAACUCUUAUUUCCUUCAUGGGUAUUGGGCUGGAUUGGUUGAUAGAUAUGAAGAAAUGAUGGAGAAAUAUCACCCUGGAUUGGGUGAUGAAAGAUGGCCUUUCGUGACUCAUUUUGUGGGGUGUAAGCCUUGUGGAAGCUAUGGUGAUUACCCAGUUCAAAGGUGUUUGAGUAGCAUGGAAAGAGCUUUUAAUUUUGCAGAUAAUCAAGUGCUUAAGUUAUAUGGAUUCAGACACAGGGGACUUUUGAGUCCUAAAAUCAAGAGGAUCAGAAACGAAAGUGUUACUCCAUUGGAGUAUGUAGAUCAGUUUGAUAUUCGGCAUUCGGCUCAAGGGAUAAGCAACUGA